AUGAUUCGUGCCGCAUUCACCAAGAUCAAAUCCAAGAUCAAUACCUACAUUCCGCCACAACAGGCACAAAUAAAUGUGGAGGACUACAACAUCGUCAAAGAAGGUUCUGCAGAGAUCCUCUUCUCCAAGAAGGAGACAGUAUUCUACAAUCCAGUGCAGCAAUUCAAUAGAGACUUGAGUGUCACAUGUAUCAAGGCCUGGGAUAAUUUAUAUGGUCCACGCUCCAACAAUAAGACCCAGAAGAAGAUCCAGCAUAUGGAUAAACGCAGAAAAUUAAACAAUUCUUCUGCCAAGAAUGCUAGAUCAGACAAUGAUUCAUAUUUGAACAUCUUGGAAGCAUUGUCUGCGACUGGGUUGCGUGCUAUUAGAUACGCAAAUGAAAUUCCUCAUAUUAAAGAAAUUGUUGCCAACGAUUUACUUCCAGCCGCGGUAGAAUCCAUUAACAGGAAUGCGCAAUAUAAUAAUGUGGAGGAUAAAGUUACUGGUAACUUGGACGACGCUAAUGUAUUGAUGUACCGUAAUAAGGCUCAAGGGACGAAAUAUCAUGUUAUUGAUUUGGAUCCUUAUGGGACGGUGACACCAUUUGUCGAUGCUGCCUUGCAAUCCAUCGAGGAAGAUGGGUUAAUGUUGGUAACAUGUACUGAUUUAUCAGUUCUUGCUGGUAACGGAUACCCUGAAAAAUGUUUUGCAUUGUAUGGUGGUGUGAAUUUAGUUUCACAUGAAGCUACUCAUGAAAGUGCUUUGAGAUUAGUAAUUAAUUUAUUAAAUCAAAGUGCUGCCAAAUAUAAAAAAGUGGUGGAACCAUUGUUAUGUUUAAGUAUCGAUUUCUAUGUGAGAGUCUUUGUUAAAGUGAGAACUAGCCCUAUUGAGGUGAAACAAUUACAAUCAAAUACCAUGGUAACUUAUCAUUGUUCUCAAUGUGGAUCUUUAGAAAAUCAACAUUUAGGACGUAUGCUUGAACGUGAGGGGAAAAAUGGUAAAAAAUAUAUUAAAUAUGCUGUUGCUCAGGGACCUCCAGUGGAUACUAAAUGUAAAUUUUGUCAAGGAACUUACCAUGUUGCUGGGCCCAUGUAUGCAGGUCCCUUGCAUAACAAGAAAUUUAUCGAGGAAGUGUUACGCAUUAAUAAUGAUGAACACAUUGAUGAAAUUUAUGGAACCAGGAAAAGAAUUGAAGGGAUGUUGACUUUAGCUCAAAAUGAAUUAGAUGAUGCACCAUUUUAUUUUUCACCAAAUAAGAUUUCAUCUAUAAUAAAAUUACAAGUCCCACCAUUGAAAAAAGUGGUUGCAGGUUUAGGAUCCCUUGGAUACGAUUGUUCAUUAACUCAUGCUAAACCAUCCUCAUUGAAAACCAAUGCUCCUUGGGAAGCCGUUUGGUAUGUCUUAAGUAAAUGCGAUGAUACCAAUAAGGAUAUUUCCAAGAUGAAUCCAAACACUGCAGGAUAUAAGAUUUUAUCUACCAUAGAUGAAUGGUUACCAAAAACUCCAAAUGAAAAGAAUUCCAAUUUGGAUAUAACUAAAUUAACUUUUGAACCAAAUGAACAAAGUGAACAUCUAGAAAAAUUGAGAAAAUUGAAAAUUGUUAGAUACCAAGAAAACCCAACGAAAAACUGGGGUCCCAAGGCUCGUCCAAAUCUUUCUUAG